AUGGAAGACUUUGGGAAAUGGUUCUUCGGCGAGUCCUCGAACUUGACUGGCUCUUCCUUGUCGAGGGCGGCGGCCUUCUUCGCAGAAGGCCAGGGCAUGAGAUUCCGAAUGGAACUUCAGAUUCUUGCCCUUCAACGCGACGAGACGCGAGGAGAUGCUCUUCGUUUCCUUGCCGCGCACCGAGAAUUUCACGCGAAAUUGGCGCCCAUGCUGUGGAACAUCCCCAAUACCGUGUUCGUGCUUAUUCAGCAGCUCUCUUCUCUUUCCCACCCUCUAAUUUUCCUUUCACUUUCACAGGAAGUCUUUUCUGCAUAUCCCAUGCUGAGAACGCCGUUUCUCACCAUGGCGGCGGCAGAGCGAGCUUCCAAUGCUCUCGUCCUUCUGAAGUGCGUAGCUUCUCAUCAUGAUGCCAAAAGGUCGCUUGUCAAUGCUAAAAUCCAGGAGUAUCUGUAUCCUAUAUUGAGAACCACACACAGGGACAGGCCUCAUGAAAAACUGAGGCUGCAAAGCUUGGAGGUCAUCGACAAGCUGUUAGAGCAUGUGGAGGAUGAAGAGAUUGUUAAGGGGCUUGCCGAAGCUCGCAUGGUGCUGUAUUGUCUUCGUUGCAUCGUGGCGAGCCACAUAUCUACAAAGGAGGUCAGGGCUCGGACUUUUCCACUAACUUUGGUCAUUUAG